AUGGCCGUCGAAUCCGUCGCCGUACACUCUGACGCCACCGGCACCCCUCAGAGCCAAGCUCCCAUCAAGAACAACGCCUCGGCCGACGUCGACACUUUGCAGGGACAGGUCAACGAGAUGAGCCUGGGGAAUACCGAGUUUGACUUGCACGCUGCAUGUGCGGAAGGCAACCUUGACCAGGUCAAGGCUACUUUGAGCAAGGGUACCGACAAGCUGGAGACUUUGGAUGUCAACACUGGGUGCACUCCUAUCGUUCUCGCUAUUCGAGGAAACCAGUAUGAUGUUGUGCGAGAGUUGCUCGCCGCCGGUGCCAUCGUUCCCCCUCCCGGGCUCACCACCGACUCGACCAUGCUUUCCAUUCUCUACCCCCAGCCCGUUUACAACAUGCCCCCCCAGUUCAUGACCAUCCCCCCUCAGGAGUACUACCCUCAGCCCAACUACUUCCCCCAGCAAAACGGUGGCGAGAAUCAGCAGCAGUUUGGUUCUCCCAGGAAGGAGUCUGUGUCUGCCCCUAACGGUUCGAACAGCAACCUUCCUCCUGCCGAUGUCAGCAAGUCCAUCCCUUGCCGAAACUUCCCCAACUGCAAGUACGGCGAUGCUUGUGUCUUCCUUCACCCCCGUGCUGCGGGUUUCUACCCCCCUGGACCUGGUCCCCAAAGCGGCUAUCCCGCUCCCCAAAACUACGAGGGCUUCCCUCCGUACCCUCCUGCGCCUGCUCCGUACUUUAUGCCUCACGGCGGAAACGGGUUCCAGUCGUUCCAGGAGCAACAGGUCGCCGGUCAGGUGGAAGGCGGUGCCGCCCCUGGCCCUACUGGCCCCCACGUUCCUUCUGCUGUCGCCCCCGUCUUUGUCCCUGGUUUCCAGCCCGGAGACAUGAUGGCUUCUCCCCCUCCUUCUCAUUUCGGCCUCUCGCCCAUGUCUCCAUCUAUGCUCGGCACCUCUCUCCCGUCCAUUCCACCUGCUGAGGUCUUCUUUGCUGCCUCUCCGCCCAACAACGGUGGUUUCCUUCCUCCACCUCCCAUGGCGAACGGUGCCCCCAGACGGCAGAGCGUCGGUCAGCAAUUCGGUGCCCCGAACGGUAAGCCUUUCGGGCAUGGAAAGAAGCCCAGCUUCUCUGGCGGCAAGCCUUGGGCCGGCGGUAGGCCCGCCAAUGCUACGAGCAAGUUUGGUACUUGGAAGGACGGUGUCCCCCCACCUUGUGCGUUCUUCAAUCAAGGCAACUGCAGGAACGGUGAACUCUGCAAGUUCCCCCACCUUGACGCUGAGGGUCACGACUGCCGACACCCUGACGUUGUCCGAGGCGUCCUUCCUCCCCUCCCUCCUCUUGGUAACGGAAAGCGAAACAUGAGGUCUACUGGUCCUAACGGCGGGUUCGCCCCCUUUGACCCUUCUUUCAGGCAACAGCAGCAGUACCAGCAACAAAUGCAGUUCUUGCAGCAUCAGCGAAUGGCUGCCGCUCAAGCUCAGCAAGGACAGGCUGCUGCUACCUCCGCCGAGGGCAAGGCCGAUGAGGCUGUUGCGGAGGAAGGAAACACUGUCGAGGGCGCGGAGAAGCAGGCUGUUGCCCCUGCCGCUACCCCCGCCGAGAACACCCUUCCUUCCAAGCCCCUUGCCGCACCUAUGCCCACCAUUAUCCGAUCUGCUUCUCAGCCUGGUGUCCAGCGAGUGCAUGCCAACGGCCUCUCUUCCCGAUCUCACUCUCCUGCGCCCUCCAAUGUCUCCUUCCACGGCAAUGGCCACCCUCGCCGAGCGGGCCCAGUCCCCAACGCGAACGGUGUCGCCAGUGGUCGAUCGGCGUCGUCCGGCCCCGAGAAGAAGGUCUCCCAGCGAAUCCCCGGUGCCGACGAGUUCCCUGUUCUCGGUACCCCUACCAGCGAGAAGAAGGAGCCGGUCUGGGGUGUCGCUGGAAAGACUGCUGCCCAAGUUUUGCAAGCGCCCGCUCCCGUCAAGCCCGUGACCGCCAAGUCUGAAGAGGAUAACCAGCCCGGACAGAGUGUGACCAUGGAGUCUGAGGACGACUCUGACGCGGUCCUCGUUUCUCGAAAGCCUUCAUCCGCUACCACCCCUGCCUCCAGCACCUCUCCCGGCCCUCCUGUUCUCGAGACUGCUUCCAAGAAGGCCGCCCCUAUCAGCUUUGCCUCUGUCGCCAGCUCUGCUGCCCCCGCUGAGACCGCUGCCGUUACUGUCAAGGCUUAA